UGUGCUGCUAUAGUUCCUGAUCUCCCGUACCCAAGAACCGUGAGCUACCUUUAUAUAUAUAUACCUCUGUCAUUAGAAGUACGCCGGAGUAGACGUAGGGGGAGUCAGAUCCCGCGGUGAAUUCGUGCUAAGGGGAGCGCAAAGAAAGGGGCGUGGCCGUAGUGAUGGCGACUGGGGCGGGCCCGGAGCCUGCCGACCAGGGCUCUCACGAACUGGGAGUAAAAGACUUGAACGUCGUUUUUGAUGCUCUUGUUCCAGUUGCCGAGAAAUACGAGUUUUUUGGCAUACAAAUAGGGGUGGAAAUGGAUGAAAUAGAGAAAAUCCAAAUGCAGUACACUGAUCCGAAUCGAUGUCUGCUAAGAAUAUUACGCAUUCGCUUGAAGCAGAUCCCGGCGCUCACGUGGAAUGAUAUUGACAGAGCUCUCAGGUCGAGAAGUGUUGGUGAGAGUAGGUUAGCUAACGCUAUAAAGAAAGACCUGCCCAGUCACGAUUCUAGCUUAGGAACAGCGUUAGACCAAGAACAGCCGAGAAAGGGAUCAGAAAAAGUUGAAAGAAAACCCAAAUCUACAAAGAAAGAAAAGCAUGUAAGGGAGGGUCAAACCCAGAAAGUAAGGAAUGAACAAGAGCGAGAUUCAGAUGAGGAGGUAAGGGGAAAAGAAUACCGGAAAACCUCAGAGCAAACCACAGGAGAUGAAUAUGCUUCUGAGAGUGAAACAGAAGUGAAAAGCAAAACAAUGAAAACCAAAGGGUCUCAAAGUGAAUAUGGAAGAAAGGAAAAGCAACAACAAUGUGGCUUGGGUGAAAAUGAUUUGAAGCCAUUAUAUGAAGCCCUAUACGAUGUAAGAACAAAGUACAGAUACCUUUGUUUACAGCUUGGGGUGGACUUGCCUACAAUUCAAGGUAUUGAAGCUGAUCACAAAAAUGACGAUGACAGGCUGCUUGAAGUUUUGUUUGCUCGUUUAAAUGGAGUACCACCGCUCACCUGGGGUGAUGUUGUCACGGCACUUAGAUCACAAACGGUAGGUGCUCAUCGCCUAGCCGACAGCAUUCAAGAAAGCUAUAUCCUUCGCUCUGAUCUCAAUCGUGAGAUUUCAGACCAACUCAGGCCUCGGGAUAAUGUUCCUGUGAGAGAGAAGCAUUCUAGAAUGAGCAAGAAAUACUCAGAAAAGGUACAAAGUGAAAAGGGGUGUGUAAAUGUAAUACAUGAAAGAAGCGCGAAGGAGGAAUCUAGUGAUUCUGAAUCUGUUGUAGAAUAUGUAACUCCUCACAGUGAAAAAAGAACAGGUGAAUCUGAAUCUGUCAGGUACUCACAGAAACAGUACAAAAAAGGGCCGAAAUCAGCUCCACUAAAACGUAAGGUGACACGUGAUCAAUCAGAAAUUGUUGUAAAGAAGCAACGCGAAGUAUCACAAGUAAGACACCAGAUACGUCUGUAGAGGGUACUGCAGAAGCUACUGAUGAGGGGGAGCAAGAUUCUGAUCCGGAGGUAAGUGAAAAAAAACACCUCAUAAACCCCAAUUAGAAUCUGAAGAUGAGUCUUCUUCUGCCAGUACCAGUGAAAAUAUAAGUGAAGUCACAAGUUACGACUAUGUUAGAAAACCGAAAUACAAUGAGAAAAGGCCUAAAGUCAAUCCUGAGAAAGAAAAACAAGAAUCUCAGAAAGUAAAGCACGCAUCAGGGAAGAAAAUCAGUUCCAUGAAAGAGCACCUUUCCAUCUCAUCCUCUGAUAAACAGUCUAUAAGGAGUAAGAGUCCAAAGAACGACAUGCACAAUGAAGGCCGUUCAGAUUUAAGGGAAACAAAGCAUCCAAAAAUAUACUCAGUAACUACUGAGUCUCCCCCUAACAGAGAACGAAUUGAGAUGGUGAAAAGUGUAAGAAGAAAAAGAAAAAUGAAAACCAAAGCCAAAGGUCAGGGGAACAGAAAGUUUUUACAAAGUCAGAGGGUACAAGAGAAAUCCAGGUACCCCAAGUUAUAUUCACAAGAAGAGCAGGUUGAGAAUGAGGAAGAAACGUUGCAAAAGAAAGCAACAGAGAUUCCUUUGAAACAAGCCACACCAUCUUCACCCAGCACCAAAGACAGCACUGAAGAUGAAGAAUGGGGUUCAGAUGAUGAUAGGAGUGAGGAUGAAGAAGACAGAGACUCAGAACAAAAGUCAUCUAAUGAAGAGGAGGAAACAGAACAUGAUGACGGGUCUUCUUCUGCCACCAGUGAAAAGGAAGUGAAGAAAAGAGCAAGUGGAAUAUCAGGAGAAAGUAGGAGGGAAUACUCUACAACAGAAGGAAAGGGUAUCACUAGAAAAGGAAAACAAAAGGAAGCUAAUGAUGAAUCAGAUACUGGUUGUGGGGGUGGGGACCAAUGGCCAAAGAAAAGAGGCGUAAUAAAAAAGCACAGAGAGAGGAGUAAUAGCCCCACAGCCAGAGGUAGCUCACAAGAGGACAGUCUAGAACAACCAGGCUUCAAGGGCAAGAGAAAGCUAAAGGGAAAAGGGAAAGGGGUUAGGAUUAGUAAAAAGGGAGAAAGCUCAAGUUCCACUGAGACAGACGGCUCUUC